GCAUAAAAUUAUAUGAGUCCUUAAAAGUAGGCAGUAGUUGGUAAUUUGAGAUUGAGUAAGUGACACGCUUAUUAGCUAGCUGAUAAAAAAGAUGCGAUCAACAAUUGCUUCAAUAAGAACAACUGGUGCAGGUCGCGCUUCUACGACCGCAGCGUCCGAUGAAAACUUCGUCGGACAAACUUCAACAACCGCACCUGGAGGAGGUGCAGGAGCAGACAGAGGCGGAGCCUCGUCCAAAGGAGGUGAGAAAAUUGCAGCAUCAUCGUCAAGCAUCGGCGCAAACGUAGACACACGGAGUUUUCGAGACGACAUCUAUCAUCGAGAGGUCUCAACCAGUUUGCAUCUGCAGUUGCUGCUGUACUUCGGCUUUUGGUUCAAGUGUUUCGCUGCUGUGACGUUGCUCUUGGCCGGAUGGUACAAAUCCCGAUGGACAAGUCGCGAAGGACUAGCAAUCGCCGUCUACUUGUUGUCUCUGGUUUACGCGCUGAUCUUCGAGCCCGCCCGCUACUACCUAGGCUACAGAGGCAAUCUGACAGAAAACGUGCCGAACUUGCUUUUAAGAAGCUAACUUGGCUAUCGAUUCACUCUCAGAGAAGAACGGUUCUAACAAGACAAGCAAUCAAAUAACUUAUACUAGAUUUACUACGGCUCACCCCUUUUGGCCUCCCAUCAUCUGCUCUACAACGACAUCUCUAAUCCACCUUUUCCUGAUCCUGAGCAUCUUUCCAUCUUUUAUCGUGUUGUUUUUUCUGCUGAUCGCGCCGGACGUCCUGCCAGAACUGGGUCCGAGUGGCAAAUGCCACCCAAGAUGUGUACUGCCUGUGGAAAAUUAUGGCCUAUUUAACUCGCGGCGCCAGUACUAGUGGAGAAUUUGAAUUCCCUUUUCCUAGUGUACUAAGUACAUUACUAUCACCUAGCGAUGCAUUACUAUCACCACUUACUUGUUUCUUAUCCUUACAAGUUCCUAGAGUUGUGUCUCUCCUCUAAUCCCAAGCCAUCUACUAUGUCGACGUAGCCUUUUCGACACUGCAGAUCGUAUUUGGGGUAAACGCGCUUCAGCGCUUGAUUGCCAAAAACACUACAGAGUUCUAUCUCCAACAGGAUGAGCAAGUAGCGUCUGCAUUUGCAGAUGCAACCCAGAGUCACACCUUCUCGCCGUCUGCGAGGUUAAGGAGGGCAUUUGGACCGGGGGCAGGCGGGGCGGCGGGGUCGUAGAAGGGGGGGAGGGAGAAAUGAC